CUACCAAGAAACAGCAACCUCUUACUUGAGCAAAUUCUAGUUGGUCAAUCACUCUUUCAAUACCAACUAAUUUCUUUGCACUCUCUACUUUCCUUUACAACUAGCAAACACACAAACUUUUCUUUACUUUCCUUAACCUCUUUGCCCUCAUCUCCUUUUCUUUCCCUCUCUCUGUAACACCUCUUUUUUUCACAACCUAAUAAUAAUACUAAUAUCAACAAAAUGAACUCUAUUGAAAGCGAAUUUGGUUUUGAUGAAUACAUCAUGCCCACCACUUACUCUACCAUGACCAAGAUGGAACCUUUUGAUGCUCAACUCUAUCCUUCAGCCUUUGGUUACUACGACAACAAUGGAUUUGACAUGAACCAACCUAUCAUGAUGACAGGUGGUUACGACAUGUACACUCAAUCCUCUACUACCUCUAGUCCUCCUACUGUUGUUGCUAAUACUCCUAUUCAAGGCUCUUCUAGCCCCGAAUCCAUGUCUUCUCGUCUCUCGCCUGCUACUGUCAGUACACCUUUGUUGUCACCCCAUCACCAUACAACCAUCACUGAAAAGAUUGCCAACGUCAAUAAGUUGCCUGAAUCCUUCUUGCCCGAGUUUCAUCAGUAUUCUAAAGAAACUUAUGAAAAUGGUACUUCCAACAACAAGAAGCGUAGACGUACACACAGUGGUCACAAGAAGAUGGAUGAUGAUAAUAAGACAAGCAGUUCUUCUGAUGAAGAUAUUGAUAGUGUUUCUGCUCAAGAAGUACGCAGACAAAUUCAUAUUCAAUCUGAACAAAAGCGUCGUGCUCAGAUUAAAGAUGGAUUCGAAGAAUUGCGCCAACACUUGCCUGGUUGUGUCAACAAGAAAAUGAGUAAAGCCGCCUUAUUACAUCGCACUGUUCAACAUUUGCAACAUUUGAAGAGAAAUCAAGCUUCUUUGUUGACUGAAUUAGAACGUAUGAUGAAUGAAAAUGAACAAUUGAGAAAAUUUCAAGAAUCUGUGCUUCAAAAGCAAGCUCUUGAAAGAAUGUAUCAGAUGGGCAUGUAAACUGUGCCAUAUUUUUUAUUUAUUUAUUUUCUCUUUAUGUAUUUUUUUCUAAGGCUUUUUCUUUUCUUUGUGUAUUUCUUUUUUGAUACCUUUUUCUCUUUCUUUUUUUUUUCAACUCUGCAAGAUUCUACUAGAUUCCCUUUAUCAUUUUGUUUUGUCCCACUACUAUUAUUAUUAAGUUAAUUAUGACACUCCACAAAAAAAAUUCUUAUUUAUGCUUUUUUUAAUAAAAAGACCCAUUCAUAAUA